UGGUAACCUCUCUUGCUGUUGAUAGAAGAAAUGGCGGAUUAUUUUGGGUAAAGAGGCCAAACGUUUGUUUGAACGUCCCUUCAGGGCAUUAUAAAGGAACAAAAUGACUGAUAUAUUGUGCCGGUGGCUUAAUGAAGAUGUUAAGCUGAGCAGAAUUAUAGAUCCCAUAAACAUUGCCAAGGAGUUUUCUACAGGUUUCUUACUUGGAGAACUCUUAAAUAAACAUGGUUUACAAGAGGAUUUCUCUUUCUUCUCCCAAAACAUCACUUCUGACUCAAAACUUCAUAAUUUCACACGGCUGGAACCAACCUUAAAGUUGUUGGAAGUUCCCUUUGAUACAAAUGUGGCACAAGCUAUCAUGAGUGAGAAUCACAGUGCUAUCACAAGACUGAUGUACCAGCUCUUUAUAGCACUUGGAAAGAAAUCUAAAAUGGGACUAACAGGAGUUGCUAUGGAAACCAUGAGACCCAGUGGCCCAGUGAAGCUGGAAAGUAUUGAAAGUGGACUUUACAAAGAGCGACUGAAGCAGCUAACCAAACGUCAAGUGGAUUUGAAUUUUGAGCAACUAGUUCAGAGAUACCAAGCCAAACAGAAACAGCAGGAGGAUUUGGCAUUUAAAGCAAAGUUUGAGGAAGAAGAAAGAAUGAGAAAGUACCUACAAGGACAAAGACGACAAGGUUUGGACAAGUCAAAACAAGCCAAACAAAAGCAGUUGGAGAUGAUGGGUAAAAUAAGGGAUGCAACAGUGAGGAUUCCCAAACCUCCUGAUUCCAAGAAAACGGCAAAAUCUCGGACUGAAAUCAGACGUCAAAGGGAAGCAGAGGAGGUAAAGGAAAGCAUUGAUGCAUUUGAAGCAAGUAUGAGGGCUGUUAUUCCACCAGCUAGUCCAAUAGGAUUUGAGGGAGAAUCUAACCGAGAGAUUGACACUGAAAUUGACACCUUCCUUGGUACCCAAUCUCCCAAGAAGCCUGUGGAUCCGCUGUCAUACAUUAAACCCAGAUCGAAUGAUGAUUACAUCAAUAAAAUCAGGACAAGACUGGAGGAAAACUCAGUUGCUAGAAAGGAAAGAGAGAAGAGAAGAAGGAGAGUCUUGAUUGAACAGAUGAAGGCACAUGAGGCUCAAGAAGACGCACAUCGUGAAGAGAUGCUUGUGAACAGACUCAUGAGACAAUCGCAGCAGGAGAGAAGGAUUGCUGUCCAACUUAUGCAGAUUCGCCAUGAAAAAGAAGUCAUUCGUCAAAACAGGAUAUUUAGAGAGAAACAGUAUGCAGAGAGAAGACUGAAAGACUUUGAUGAUGCAUUAACAAGAGAAGCGGAAUUAUGUCGUCAGGCCAGAAUAGAAUAUGCAGAGGAGACAAGGAAAGCUCAGGAAUUGAAUGAUAAAGUAAAAGCAGAAAUUGCAGAGGCAAAGUAUCAAAAGCACUAUAAUAUUUGCAGGGAGGUUUUGUCACAGAUUGUGGACUUCUCUUGUAAAAUAGGAGAAUAUAGAGAACUCACUGAAAAACUCAUUCCACCCAAGAUGUUCAGAGAAUGGAAAGCACUGUUCUUUGAAGGACUUCCCAUUUAUGAGGAUCAGCCAACAGAAGAGUCCAGUACUGAACUUUCCAAACAGAAAGAAAUUGAGAAAGAAAAAGAGGAUUUGAUGGAUGAGGGAGAUUUUUUAGAGUACAAGAAUUUAAUUGGUGAAUGGACUCCUGUUGAAGAAUCAGAAAUCCAGGGUCCUGCAAAGGAUAAUGCAGUCCUAGGUCAUAUCAUUCACAGGCUCUUUAACAUUGUCUCUCCACCAGAGGCACCUCCACCUCCACCUGAGUUUCCACCUUUUCCAAUCAAGGUCUGUUUUCUUGGAAAGUUUUUUAGCGGGAAAACCACAACAAUUAAUAAAAUCCUUGAAGGUCAUCGAAUGGUUAGACUCUCUGUGGAUGAUCUUGUUGCAGAGGCCAUUAAUGCUUUUAAAAACAAUGAAUGUAUAGAGGAACCUUCAGAGGAGACAGCAAUACUGGAUGAAGGAACCUCCACUAAGAAAGUGAGCAUCCAUGAAGAGACUGGUAAGAGUAAAGACCAAGCAUCUGAGGAGUCUAGGGCUGUGACACCACAGUCAGGUGCACCAGAAGAAACAAUGGGAGAGGGUAGAGAAAAUGAAGAUCCUAACAAAGUGGAAGAAAAACAAGUCAGUGAAGCUGUAGAUGUGGAAGAAAAAAGAGAUAAGACUAAAGAAGAACUUGAGAAAGAAAUGACUGACAUAAAAGACGAUGACCAGAAAUCACCAUCUAAGUCUAAAGAGCUGGAGCCUGUUUUAUCAAGAACUAAGGGGCCCACUCUCACAGUCCGUGCUAAAUUGGGUUCAAAGGCUUAUAGCUUUCUAAAAAAGGGGAAAACCACACCAGACCAAUUAUUGGUUGAUAUCAUGGUAGAAGCUGUCAGGCAAGUCCCGGAGGGUAGCGGUUGGAUCAUGGAUGGGUUUCCUAGUACAAUUAACCAAGCCAAGUUGUUGGAAAAAUCACUCAGUGGAUAUGAUGCACAGAAGGAAGCUAAGGAUGCUAAAGCUGCCAAAGAACCUAGCAAAGUUAGCAAGACCAGGAAAUCCAGACUGGCACCAGACCCCCACCCUUCACCUGAGGCUCCUGCACCCAAGAGUGGUAUUGACUUGGUAUUGUUGUUUGACCUGCCUGAUGAAGUUUCACUAAAGAGAGCUGAAGGAAGAAUGUAUGAUCCCAUGUCUUCCCAGCAGUACCAUCAAGAGUAUAAUCCACCAGUAGAAGGCAGUUAUACAGGCAUUAAUAAACAUGAAAAAGUUAUCCCCGUAACUGAUCCUUCAAAUGACCGUGAGCAAGUCCAGCAGAGGAUUGUAGGUUUUGGUGAUGGCUGGCCAAAGCUAGAAAAAUGGUUUGCUAAGUUUGGUGUUCUUCAACGCGUUGAUGCAAACAGCAGUCAAGAUGAACUGUAUGACGAAGUAUCAGCCUUACUGAAUGAAACUUAUCAGAAAUUAAUCGCACCACCUGAGGAGCUUCCUUCUGAACCCUCUGUUCACCAAGGACAGGCAGCUGAAGCUGAGACGCCAUCAGGGGCUCAGGUGCCUGCUGGUGAUGGGCCUUCAGGUGAAGGCUUGGGAAGUGAAGGCGUUACAGCUCCUCCAGAAAGUGUUGCUCCGCCAUCUGAGGCUCCAUCUGAGGUAGGGGCCAAAUCUGAUGGCAAGUCAGAGAAGGGUACCUCAAAGAAUAAAGCAGACUCUAAACCAGGCUCUCCAAAGUCCAGGAAAAGCAAGAAGGAUCGCUCACCCUCCCCACCCGCAUCGAAGAAAGGAACUAAAAGCCGUACCCCAUCCCCUCCCAGUUCUAAGAAAGGCUCAAGAUCAGGAUCCAAGUCACCAUCAGCGUCAAAAAAGGGCUCUAGACCUGGUUCCAAGGGAUCAAGACCCGGAUCAAAGAGAGCUAAAUCUGCCAAGAAAGGCGCUGAAGAGCCAGAGGAGGAGAUACCACCUGAACCCCAGGGGCCACCCGAGCCAGAGCCUGGUUCCGAGGACUGGGAAUAUGUUGAUCAAGCUAUUGAUGUGGAUUUUGCUGGAGUUCUUGUCUCUCAGUGGGAGAGUACUGAAGAAGUCUACGUUGAAUCUUGUAAAAACGUCUUUGGAUUGAUCAGACGUGAAAGAGAACUUAUCCAUAGAUAUUUCUACGGAGUAAGAAAAGAUUUUGUAGCGUUUUUGAGGAGGCCAGAUGAGAAGCAGGAAUAUGUCCUUCAAUGGCAAAAGUCGUACAAUGAAGUGACUGAAGACAUGAGAGGAGACGAGGAUACCAAAGCGGAGCUGCACCAGCAGCUAGAUGACCUUUGUGAUCGUUUGAACGAUAUCUGUGACAAUCGCAAAGACCUGGCAGAGAAAGAGCGUCAAUCAGUGAUGAAUGAGGGCUGGCUGGAGGAUCGGCUUGGUCUUCUCACAAACUUUUACAUCACACUAAUGCAAGCAGAAGUCGAUAGAUACCAAGAUACAGUGCGGUUACUGAGGGACUAUUAUGUUGGUAUGGAAGGUAAAAUUCCAUCAGAAGUUAUCACAGACUACGCGCGCUUACCACUUGUUGAACUACCACUGACUGUAAGACCACAGUCUGCAUCAUCCAAGUCUGGGGGAAGUGAAAGUGUAACGAACUUAGCAGCCACCGAAAAGACUGAGGUCAAAAGUCCAUCUGGUAAAAAAGACAGAGAUAAGAGUUCAAAGACUCCUGAACCUUCAGAAGCACCGGAGGAGGAACAAAAGCCUCGCAUACCUUUAGUUCCUCGCCGUCCGAAGUCUGGGGAACCGGGAACUGGAAAAGGAAAAGACAAGAAGAGUGACAAGAAGAAGGACAAAACCGCUGACCCUGAUAAACCAGAUACCCCUGUGCCUCCUUCAGAUCCGGAUGAGAAACUCGUCUUUGAUGCUUUUAUAAUGGCUCUGACAAUCAUCGACACACUGGCCUUGAUAGAUCAGACAGAGCAAGAGGCUGAGGCUAUAAGACAGGCCGAGCUUGAAAAAGAAAAGGAGAAAGAAGCGUUGCAGAAGAAAGCAAAAGACAAGAAAGACAAGAAAGGACGGAAGAGUCCUGGAAAGGGCGGAUCACCGUCUAAGACAGAGACACCUCCUCCGCCUCCACCAGAAGACCAAGAAGGACAGUCUGAAGAAGAGAAGCUCAAGCAGAAAACAAAGGAGAGAGCAAGAAAGGAAUUUCUUGGAGCUGUUGGUUCAGAAGACAAUGGAUUGAAAACCCGCCUUGAAAUGAUAAAAAACCACGCCAUUGCGGUUCUACAGGAACUUAAGGGAAAGGCGGAUUCAACUUACAAAGACAUGGAUGACUGGCUGGGAGAAAGGUUCCUGCAAGAAGUUGGAAGCAUCAAAGAAAUGGCAGAGAAUAUACGUUUUGCAGUGGAGAAAGAGGAAAAGUUACAAGAAGAAAGUCUUCUGAUGGACAAAGACUUUGUUGUCGAUCUGGACACCAAGACGUUUAAGACACCCACACCACCGCCGCCUCCAAGCCCAACGGAGGUGCCUCAGAGUGACACAUUUACUGUGAAUCAACUGUUGAACUUACAUCGACAGAUGUUGGAGACAGCCCCAAGUGGUGUUAUUUCCAAUCGAGCAUUUUGUGACACCAUAAUGGAUAUGACAGCUUUAACCCACGGGAUGGAGCUGCUACCAGACUCGUGGAUGAACAUAACACAGCAACAGCUACAAGAGGUGUGCUCAUUACUUGCUCUGGACACUGAGUUUAUUGAUUGGCGGAGGUUUCUUUUGGCGGCCGCGCAGCCCUGGCCCCCAGCAUCAAAAAUGGAUUUGUUGUUAACGCUGGAACAUUGUCGUGAGGUAGACACUACACUGUCAGGAUCUCUAACCCAGCAACAAUUUGAACAGGUAGGACUUUGGUUCUCAGGGCAACACGAGCUUGAAAAUCCUCAAGACCCGGAUGAGUCUCCUGCAUUUGACAGACUAGGCAAGCUAAAGAAUGCGUUUUAUCAGAUAUUUGCAGAUCAUAACAAUGGCGUCCAUACGGUGGAUUACCUUGAUAUGCUGUUGUACUUUGCUGUUGACCCAGACCCCUUAGAGGGUUUUCUUCGAGGACUGAGCCUUGUUGCAAACCAACCAAUGCCGUCCAGCAAGUCUUUAGUUCAUCUCCCUCAACCAAUGACGGAAGAAUAUGGCGGUGACGUCAGUGUCCCACAAAUCCAGGAACCCACUUCACCACCACCUGAAAUGAACUCACUUGUGACACUGGACAACCUAAUGAAGGUUUUUCAUCAUGGUGAAGGGCAACGGGAAGAUACAUAUCGCCUUAAUGUUACGGCUGACCCAGACGAUACAUUUGCGAAGGAACGUUUGGCAGGUGUGUUUGUGGAACUUGGUGUCGAGGAAACAGAAGCCGUUCCACUCCACCUCUUAUACCAGCAUCCUAUUAUACAGGACUGCAUGCAUAUGUGUCAGCGGUUUAAAACAUUGGAUCUUCGAAAUUCUUUCAAGAGUUCUUCAGUUGAUACAUUUGAAUAGUGUUUGACGACACGCACAAUUUUCCAAGUCUGUGUACUUAUUCAUUUUCAAAGUGACCUUGUCAAACAUUUCACACGCAUAUUUGAGUUCCUUUGUGAGUUUAAGAUGUUCGGGAAGCUUGCAUACACUAACUUACCUUGUAACGAUUUAUUUCUUGUGUGUAAUAAAUAGUUUUUAAUGUUG